AUGACCAAUGCCACUAUUUUCGAGAAUAACAGCACGAGUGAGAAUGGAAACAUUCAACAAAACUGUAACACUACCGGAGAUUCACAAAAUUGUACAGUCAGUACAGUAUUAGUUCCAAAGAAUGAUUGUUCACACACUAACAAUACGGAUUGCAACGUUCCAGUUACCUCUGAGGCUAAUCACAGCAAUGAUACGAAAAAGAAUCAAAUUGGUAAUAGCGAUACGGUGUUAAAGUACGUCUAUAAGAAAGAUGACAAAACGAACAUUCUCAAUAAAAGUACAGGUCAUCCAAAAAAUAGCAUUAAUCGACGCAAACGAUCAACGGAUGAUCCGAAUGAUAGUCCGCUACCAAGCAAAAUCGUGAAGCCUACUGCAGUUAACUACGAAACCGCACACGGUGCACCAACUGGAGAACUAAUUCACAGACCGCCUAACACUAUUUCGGGAGCUAACUUAGCUGAUUUCAGCAUACAAACAGUUCAUGAUGGUAAACAAAAUCAAGCUAGUCCAGCAAAAGAUUCUAGUGAACAUGAAAACGACAGCGAUAAAAGCAACGAAAGUAAAGCAAGAGGAGAAUAUACACCAAAUAAUUCUGCUGAGAAGUCUGUUAGUGACUCCGAAGAGAGUGGUGAAAACCAAGACUAUAGAAAACUCCGCGGAAACAAUGGCGACAAUGCUCACGAAUAUCCCGAACGGAUUAAACCUACUGGUGAAAGCAACGAUGACAAUAAAUCAUUAGCUCGUGAUGAAAGUGAUGAAUAUCACGAUCAAAGAAACAGACCAAAUAGUCAGGAGGCAGAUAGCAGUGGAGAGCGUGGUGUAGCAUAUAGAAACAAUAAACCUAACUAUGAAGAAGAAAACAGCAGAGAACAUGCAGAUUAUAAUACUAAACAACCAAGCCGCCUGUAUGACGAAAGCGGCGAAGUCAACAACUACAAAAACUUGAAGCCUAGAGGAGAAUAUCACAAUAACAGAGACGAGCAAGACAUUAACGUACGUAAUGGAGAACGUGACAAUUAUAAAAAUGGGAAGCCAAUUCAGUACGAAAAUAGCAGUGAAGAAGAAUAUACAAAUAAAAAACCCAGCCCCGAACACUAUAGCAGUGAUGAACGCGAACAUCGUGAAAACCUUAAUACUAGCAGUGCAGAAGACAGCAGCAACGAACAUGACAAUUAUAAAAAUAAGAAAGCCAGUGGUGAAUCCGACACAAGUAGCGAACGUGCCAAACAUCGAAGCAGCGAACACAGCCGUGGUUAUGACAGUAGUAAUGAACGCGGAGAUUAUGUAGAUAGAGCUCCCGUCCGAGACUCCAGUAGUCAUCGAAGAAAUGAUAAACUCAGUAGCGAGUACAGUAACAGCGAAGAAAUAAGUAAGGAGACAAACCUCACUGGUGAAAAAACUGAAAAGAGCUUUGGGAAUAAAGUCAACGCGCCAAUAAAUAGCGAAAAGUACUUAACAGCACAAUUUCUCAGCAAGGAGGCAUCAGACGAACAAACGAAAACAAAUAGCGCUGAAAGCGACAGUUCAGAAACACAUGACCGGAACAAUUUUAAAAGAAUCAAACCCAAUCUCGAAAAAAGCAAUGAAUAUAAACAGGAUGAUAGUUCUCAGGAAAAUCAGCGCCUAACUUAUCAAAACAACGAAAAAAAUAACUUUAAUGUUAAACCUAAAUUAAAUCUAGAAUCGUCAAGUAAAAGCAGUAGUGAAAGUGAUGAGGACGAUUCGAACCAAUUCGGAAUAAAAUUGCCGCAAACUGGUAAUCUUAUUAGCGAUGAUCCGAAAAAGGCUGUGGAAAUAUUACCUCUUACCACAGCUUUACCUCAACUAGCUUCAAACUCAAAACCUCCAAGUAACGAUGACAAUGUACUUAACCCCAAAAUAAACAGACUAGGUAAUAAACUGAUUCAUAUAAAUGAUGGUGAAGUUAAACCUGUUGUUGAAAUCCAUGCCGAAAAUGAUAAUGAGUCUAGUGAAGAGACUAAGUCGAGUAAUAGUGAUGAAUCGGACAGUUUAGAAUCACUCUUAGGUGUUAAAGGAUCGGAAAACUUACAAGACAAUAGUCAAAGUGACAAAUUAGUUCGAGAGCACAAAGCACAACAAGGUGACGUCAAACAACAGUUUGAAAGAAUACCCUUGAACUACAAACAUGAUGAUAAUAAUGAUAACAAAGUUACAGAAGCUCCUAAAGAAGAAAAAUCUGAAGUAACGAAAGAUGAAGGAACACUUGACGUUUUUGCACCUGAAGAUGUGAAAUACGAUGCUAACCUUAACAUUAAAUUCGAUGACUUAGCCAUUAAACUACCAGAAAUCAAAUUACCCGAUGAUAUAUUAUCUUACACUCACGACAAUUAUCCAUUCCAUGACAAAAAAGAAUCUAAGCACAGCAGCGAAAGUUACGAUAAACCAGGGCAUUAUUAUAAUCAAGACAACAAAGCCAGGACAAGGCAGGACAAAAACGAAAAGGAUAAACAUAAUGAUAAUGAUAGUGGAGAACAAAAUGACAGAGACGAUUAUAAACCUGAAUCUAAUUAUUAUGACUAUUAUGGACACAAACCCGAAAAAUCAAACUAUAAGAGAAAAGACUCCGACGGCAAAGGUGAAGAGGAUGAAGAUGAAGAUUUGUAUGAAAAGUUUGUAAGAGAAAGGUUUGGUAAACGUGGAACGUUCGAAAAGAGGUCGGAAAAACUAGAAGCCGCUGCGUUAAGCCCACAUUUAUAUGAUACUGUAAAAAGUAUACUAAAGAAGACUGCAGAUAUUGAUGAGCAAGCUAAAAAGAGUGGAGAUCCUAAUGCUAAUUACAUGUGGACUCUUGAGUAUGGAGAGAAGUUAUAG